AUCCAUCUUCUCCGCACCACCAGAAUCGCUCACCACGCCACCGCCGCCGCCACCUCGCCUCCCCUGCUUGCACACCUCACUCCCCUUGCCUCUUCUCACCACAACGCAGCAACAGAGUCAGCAGGUCCGAGACCCGGAGGGCGCGCGAUGGGGUCCUCGCCGGAGCGGGAGCGCAGGGGGGAUGGAUGAUCUUGAUUUGCUUGCCGCAGCAGCCGUAUCUCGCUCACCGGCCCGGCGACCACCUCCGACCCGGGCAGGCAGGAGCUCAGUCCUCCUCCUCCCCCAGGUCUGGCAGCAAGCAACAACUAAUAGAGCUGAGCAACACAACUCUCAUCCAGAUACCCCUCGCCGGUGACUGCAUCCACAACGUGCGCCGGCCGGACGGCAGGCGCCACCCCUCUCGUGUGUUUACGAUGGAUGUGCUCCUCAACGCAGCACAAUGGGUGGUGGGCAAGGCGCUGGCCUCUGUUGCUGAUGGCGUGCUGGAGGCUUGGGGUGCCACCAAGAACUUGGGUGUCAACAUCGAGGCCUUAAGGAUGGAGCUGCUGCUCGUGAAGGCCACCCUCGAAACUGCCAGCUACAAGCAGGUCGAUGGCCCGGCCAUGCAAGAGCUCCUGGGGAAGCUGCGUGACUCGGCGCUCUCUGCCGAGGACUUGUUGGAUGAGCUGGACUAUUUCCGCAUCCAUGACCAGCUCCAUGGCACAUACGAUGCUGCAGACCAGCAUGCCAAGGGCGGCUUCCGCGACCUUGCCCUCAACGUUCGUCACGCAGCCAAAGCUGUUGGCAAACUGACAUUUGUAUCUUCAUGCUACUGGUCUGCUGCUAAUCCAACAGGUGAUUCUGGAGAAGAUGCAGGACAGCGGGCAAGCUGUUGUCCUUGGUCACGUGCUAGGCAGAGGCCACCCGGCAAUUCAUCCUCAACGCCAAAUGCCAAUCAAGAGCCAACUCUUUGUGGUGGGGCCCACAGAGAACCACCAAUGCUGGGUUUUAAUAGGGUUGAUUUCUCUGAAAGAAUGAGGCACAUUGUAGAGGAAUUGGAGCAUGUGCGUAGAGAGGCUACUCAGAUUCUGCAGAGUUGUGACCGUAUAACUAUUCCAGAUGUUUCCCAGAGUCGUCCCAUUACUACCGGUCAAAGUAUAGAUCCAAAAUUGUAUGGAAGGGACCAUAUCAUGGAUACCAUCAUACAUGAUAUGACCAAGGGUAAAUACCUUAGCAAUGAUCUAACUGUGCUUCCGAUUGUUGGUCCAGGGGGAAUUGGAAAAACAACUCUGAUACAACACAUAUAUAGAAACCAGCAAGUUCAAAAUCAUUUCCAAGUUAUUAUUUGGGUAUGUGUGUCACUCAGUUUCAAUUUGAACAAGCUGUUAGAAGAGAUUAAAACAUACAUCCCUCGGGUUGAAGGGGAAAAGGAUGGUAGGGCUGAGGAGCUGAUUGAACAAAGAUUAAAAUCUAAAAGGUUUUUGCUUGUACUGGAUGAUAUAUGGGAGUUUAGUGACACGGAUGAUUGGAAAAGGUUAUUGUUGCCACUCAAAACAUCGCAAGCAAUGGGUAGCAUGAUUCUGGUCACAACUAGGUUUCCAAAAAUAACAAAGAUGGUUGGAACAGCUAAACAUAUAGAAUUGCAAGGGUUAGAAUCUGAAGAAUUUAGGAAGUUAUUCCUUGCAUUUGUCUUUGGCAAUGAGCCCGCUAGAAGUGAUCAGUAUGUUUUCCUCGAGAUUGGAAAUAAGAUAAUGGAAAAACUAAGGGGCUCCCCUCUUGCUGCAAAAACAGUUGGUACAUUGUUAAGUAAAGACCUUAGUUUGCAUCAUUGGAGAAGGGUCUUAGAAAGUAAAGAAUGGGAGACACAGACCGAUGCCAAUGGCAUUAUGCCUGCAUUGAAGCUUAGUUAUGACCAUCUUCCUUUCCAACACCAACAAUGUUUCUCCUUUUCUGCAUUGUUUCCUGAAGAUCACAAGUAUAGUGCCAGCCAGCUAAUCAACUUGUGGAUUGGAUUAGGUAUCUUACAACCUGGUGCACGAAACCAAACACUUCAACUUACAGGCUCGAACAAUUUAAAGGAUCUGGUGGCAUGGGGAUUUUUCAGAGAGGAGAGUGCUUAUGGUUAUCCAUGUUAUGUUAUGCAUGACCUGCUACAUGAUUUAGCAUUGCAAGUUGCAUCUCAUGAAUGUCUUACUGUGCAUCAUUCUAGUGUGAGAUUAGAAGAAAUUAAUCCAAACAUCCACCACCUGUCAAUAAUCAUAGAUGAUGUUGAUAAAAUUUCUCUUGAAAAGCUUAAGAGGCAAUUGAGAAAAUUAAAGGCAAGCUUGAAGGUUAAACAGUUGCAUACGUUGAUGUUAUUUGGAGAAGUGGAUGAAAGCUUUGUCAGCAUUCUGGGUGAUUUGUUUAGGGAAGCAAAUGCUCUUCGUGUUCUCCGUUUGGAUAAAAUCUCCUUUUCAGUUGAGUCCAUAUUACAUAACUUUUCAGCACUUGUUCAUCUACGGUACCUAUAUCUGGAGACAAAGUGUGAGAGGGAGAUGCAUUUACUACUUAUCAUUUCUAGAUUUUAUCAUUUAAGGAUUUUGUCUCUAGGGUCAUGGUGCCCAAACUGUCAUUUGCCCAAAGAGUUGAGCAACCUUGUAAACAUGCGUCGGUUUUAUACACUAGCUGAUGAGUUGCAUUCUGAUAUUGUCAAUGUGGGAAAACUCAAACACUUAGAGGAGUUGAUGGUAUUUAGAGUCAAUAAAAAAAUUGAAGGGUUUGAGCCAAGUCAACUAGAGCAUUUGACUGAACUAAGGGAGCUUGGCAUCUAUAACCUUGAGAAUAUACACACUAAAGAAGAAGCAGCCAAAACAAAGCUGGGAGAGAAAAUCCACUUGGAGAAGUUAACAUUAGACUGGGAUAAUGAGCGGUCUAAUACCGAGCCAGGUGCAGAAGCAGUUGUCCUUGAGAACCUUCAACCACAUAGAUAUCUUCAGGAGUUGUGCAUUAGAGGGCACAAAGGCUCUUCUUUUCCAACAUGGCUGGGUGAUAAGGUCACUGUUGAAUCUCUUCAUCUCUCUGGUGUUUCUUGGCAAUGUCUCCCUCCUUUGGGGAAGAUGUGGGGCCUUGGUAAAGUAAUAUUGGAACAUAUUCCCGCAAUGGAGGAGUUUGUUAUAGAGCAAAGCCUUUGCAAGCUAAUAAGGGUUGAGCUUGUUGGCUUGGGAAGUUUUGGAAAAUGGGUAGCAUCACAGGAUGCGGAUCAUAUGUUUCCUCUUUUGCAAGUAUUGAUUAUAAAAGACUGCCCUCAACUGUUGGAGUUGCCAUUUGCAAGCCAGAUUGUUUACACAUCAGAUCAAGGCCAGAAUAGUGAUUGGUUUCCCAAACUGCAAGAGCUUCAGAUAGAGAAGUGUCCAGAACUGUUGUUAGUGGCUCAUAUCCCACGGACUGAAACUCUGCAUAGUGUGAACAUAAGUGAUGUCAAGCUACUAGACAAGCUCGAGUACUCAACAAAUUCCUUCUUUGGGGGACGCUGUUUGGAUAUUGCAGGAAAGGAUGAUUUGCAGAGCUUAGAUGAGGUGGUAGCAUUCAGCAAGCUGGCAGGCCUUGAGCAUUUGUACCUCCACAAGUGCCCAGCUCUGAAGUCAAAGCACCUUCUGCUGUUGACCUCACUGAAGAAGUUGAUGGUAGAGGGUUCAGAUGGUGUGGUUGUAGAGGGUUCAGAGGGUGAUGUGGAAUGGCAGCACCCCCUUAAGCAUCUUGUGGUCGAGGGCGAGGAAUCACGUGCGAAGGAAUUGACAGAGCUCCUCACCCACCUCCCAAGCAUCUCCGAAUUAGAAAUCAUAAAAUGUGAAAAGAUAACACAACUGGCAGUCGGGUUGGAUGUGCAACAAACAACGUCAGCAGCAGCAGCUACGGAGGUGGAUGAGAAAGAAGAUGAUGAUUCAGGGCUGCUGCUCUUACCUUCCCAUCUCUCUGACUCACUGCAGGUGUUGAGCAUCGAGAGUUGUCCAGAGCUGGUCAUGGUGGACCCCACUUCAACUUUUCUUCCUGCCAGAGGAGCAGCAGGAGGAGGGCUCCAGGCCCUGCGGUCCCUCAAGACUCUACAAAUUUACUUCUGCCCAAAGAUACUAUCCGCAAAGAGUUCUCCAUCCUGCUGUCCUUUUCCAUCCUCUCUGCAAGAGCUCCGUGUUGAGGGUGUGGAAGGCAUGGGGACCCUGGGGCAUCUCCUUACCGCUGGGGGACAGCUCAUACUGUUAAGCAUUGGUGGCUGCCCUGGAUUCUUUGCUGGAUGGGAUCAGGAGUUAAAGCAGCAGCUUCUGAAUGGAGGAAAAGAGCAGGAACUGCAGCAGCUUGUUUCGCCCCAGAAUGGAUGCAAACUGCAGGAGCUCUAUACGGAUGAUGCCAUGGGACUCCUAUCUGUGCCCAUCUGCAACCUCCUGUCUUCCUCCCUCAGCAUCCUGGGCUUCUUUGGCAACCAAGAGAUGGAGUGCUUUACUAAGGACCAAGAGGACGCCCUUCACCUGCUCGUCUCCCUCGAGAAACUGAUGUUUAUCAACUUGAGCAAGCUUCAGAGCCUCCCUGCAGGGCUGCAAAAGCUCACCAACCUCAAGGAAUUAUCGGUCUACUCAUGCCCGGUUGUCCGGUCGCUGCCAGAGGAUGGCCUCCCCAAAUCACUUCAAGAAUUAGAUGUCUGGAACUGCGGCAACACGGAGCUAACAUAGCAGUGCGAGGGGUUAGUGGGAACCAUCCCAAAAAUCAACCUGCGAUUGUGGAACUGAUCCAAGGUCUCUGCCUUGGGAGUUCCCGUGUACAUUCUUCUAGCCUUGUACACUUGUAAAUAAAUCUGGUGUUCUUCUCAUAGGGUUCUGCGUGCUUUGCAUGUACAUUUGGAUUUUCAUUACUCCUCAAAGAUUCGAUGGUCUACUAUGUAGUUCCGGUGUGAGAAUCAGAAUAUUACAAUAGCAUAAUUCAGAAAUGAAUUCGACUUCGAUGCUGCAUUAUUGAUAUUACCAGAAACCUUCUACCUUCCUGUUCACAAAUCUGGCUUCUACAUACUUUGCAUUUAAAUUUCGGUAGCCAUCACUCAUCGGGACUUCGUGUACACUACUAAAUUGACUGUCGAGAUCAAGAUAUUACCACGAAAUGAUUGGAGAAUAAGUCAGCCUUCAGUGUUCUGCUAUUGAUACAAGGUGUUCUUAUCCUUGUUCUCAUAGGCUUGUUUGUAAUUUGCAUUUAAAUUUUGGCCGGCAUCGCUGGUCAAGACUUGGUGGGUGUACCUGGCAACUUUGGUUGUGAGGUUCAAAAUAUCACCACAUAAUAGGCGAGACUUCUGUGCUUCGCUACUGAUAUUAAGGUAUUCAUCAUGUUUGCGCUGGUAUGGUUCCUGGUACUUCUCGUUUGCAAUUGGUCGCUACUCACAAGACUUGGCGGUGUACCUAGACAGUUUUCAGUUUUUCACUCUUUGCAAUCCUUAUUUCAAAUAGCAUAUACUCUCAGAACCUUACAUCAGUUACGAUAUUAAUUUAGUUGAUAGAUCAUCUGCUGAGCCGCAUGAGAAUGGUACUACCCAUUGGAUCCAACUUCAUAUAUUCAGAUGUCAGGCUAUCACUGAAAGUUUCAGAUGGAACAAAGAUUCUUCCUUUGCUUGAUAGCCGUGGCAUGUGGUACAACUAUGGAACUACACAACACAGUAGUUGAAAUACUGAAUGGUUGAAGCUAUAGUGGAGGAUUCUUGCUGUGACAGGAAUUUAGUUGCUGCUGGGUUGCUUACAUGUGAAUUUUGCCUACUAGUGACUGAUUUAGUUUUGUUGAUCAAUGUCAUUUGAGGCAACGGAUCGAAUUGGCUAAAAGAUGUGGUUGAGCCAGCCAGUUUCUCCUACUGUAACUUCCACAAAAAAAAAGGUUUUCAAGUUGUACUGCACCGACUUCUGAACCAAACACAUCUUCAUUCUUCAGCCCACAACACUGGUGGCUCCUUGAUCGAAAGCCGGUGCGAUGAGAGAACUCCAACCAGGCCAAUCAUUUCUACCUUCGCAUCAUCUAUAAGAUGGAAAGCAGUGGCGAAAUGAUCAGUGUUUGCUUCACAACAAUAGAAUGCUGCUCGUCCAGCUUCCUUGAAGUCUAGCGGCUUACUCUAUUGGAUAUAGGCACUGUUGAAAGUUGAAACAAGGUGGAGGGGCAUGGGAGAUGAAGAAGAGGUGGACCAAGUGCACCAAAUCCUGGGUGCAGAUGGAGGCGGCGAUUGGUAGUUGCAAAAGGUGAAGGGGUAGGGGACGGCGGUGGAAGAGGAGUGCGCCGCAGGCGCAGGAGGAGAAUGACGCUAUCAGAUCAUGAGGAACUACAGUAGCAUUUACUGCACAUUGGCAUCUUUUCGGAAGUGGAACAGCAAGGGGGGGAGUUUGUAUUAAUUCUCUUGCUUAUUCCUGUGUUUCUUCCAAAACAGAAACAGAGGAAAAAAGAAACUGAGGACUUUUUCUUUCAGCAACGGUGGGAUGUGUUAGUAGACUAAAUUACUCGUUAACUGUGGAAAGACUUGACUUGCUGUCAGAGGGGAUCCCUUCCUUGAUGAACAAUGAAUGUUUGGAUCCAUCUGUCAACGAACUUGCUCCUGAGACAUUGUUAAUCAUCACACCCCUAUAUAAGACAAUAUUAUCUAUAUUUGACCACUAUAGGCUUUAGCA